AUGUCAGGACACCACCGCAUCACCCUCGCCGCCAACCCUCCCUAUUUCGAUGGGGACAAAUCUAAAUAUCUGGGCUUCGUAGACUCGUGCACCACCUACAUUGGUGCCUACCGAUCAGAGUUCUCACAGGAUGAGACCAAAAUCCUCUUCGUCCUCUCCUACCUCCGCAACGAGAGCGGCACAAGCUGCGCUGCCUGGAGAUGGGCGAUGACCUGGAAGCAACACAACUUCGAUGGCUUCCAGGGACUGAAGGCAGGGACCACGGUGAAAUGCUGA